AUGGAGGAGUUCUUUAGACAGGGUGACCGAGAGGCGGCGCAGGGACUUCCCUUCUCUCCGCUGUGUGACCGUAAAUCCACCCUCGUGGCCGAGUCUCAGAUCGGGUUCAUAGAUUUCAUCGUGUUUCCGUCGUUCUCGCUCCUCACGGACCUCGCAGAAAAAAUUGUGAUCCCUUUAGUGGAAGAAAACCCCGGGCCCCCGGACCCCUGCAACAGACACAGUCACCUGUGGAGGGAGAGCUCCAGGGGUCUGCAGUGGAGCUUGGCCCACGUCACUGCGGAGCUGGUCAGUUUCCGCUCCACGUGGACGCGGCACACGGAGGAAAACCUGCUGAAGUGGAAAGAGAGCAGUGCUAACGGAUUUCAAGACAAAACGAGGGACGAUAAAAACAAACCAAACUGUUCAGUUCCAAAAGAGACACCGUUUAUUUAA